AGAAUACAUUCAAAUUCAAAUUCCUGAUAGCAUUGGUUUUCAUUGCUUUGUUACAGUUAUAGGGCUGCAGUUUUUGAUAUAUUUCCUCUCUAAUCAACUUGACAUUGUGAGGUACCCGUCCAGAUCACCUCGGUCACCAACAUCCCUGACGUAGAAGAAUGCACGAUUAUUGGGGCAUGCUUUGUUCUGGUCAAUAACAAUGCCUCUGGCGCAUCCAAAUUCAUGAAAUUAGCUUUUUCGAGGUUGUAAUUUAGGCAAUUGCUUGAAAUGGAAUGCCCUCACCUGGAAGAAAAUGUGAAGAUUAAGAAAGACAUUGUAAUCCAACAUUCCAAGCAGUGGAAAUGUGAAGUGUGCAGAACCACCGACUCGCCGUGGCUAUGUCUCCACUGCGGGUUCGUCGGGUGCGGUCGCUACGUAUCCGGCCACGCCAAGCGGCACCACGAGGAACAAAGUGGCCACGCUGUCUGCAUCGAGUGCCACCAGCUCUCCGUCUUCUGUUACCAAUGUGAUGACUUCAUUUUUAACGACACUGCCGGCGGUACCAUUGACAAAGUUCGAGCGGUGCUCAGCGCACGGCAUUCGACGGACAACGGGCCGCCGACGCUGCGGCCACCUAGCACCCGGAAGCGGAAACGAAGCCGGUUGGCGGCGUCUGAGUCGGAGGGCGAGGCCGAAAACCGGGUCGGAAAGCGGCCGGUGCGGCGGCGGGGCCGAUCGGCCGACCCCCAGCACACGUCACAGAAGCCCAGCUGCGCUGCCGGCCUGAGAAACCUGGGCAACACCUGCUUCAUGAACGCCGUACUACAGUCGCUAAAUAACAUCCAGGAGUUCCGUAGCUACAUGAAGGAGCUGCCAGAUCUGGCUGACAUUAUCAAGGAGCGCGUACAGAACGGCCGCAGUCGGGUACCGGGUCAGGUGACCCGGAGCACACGUGACCUGAACGGGGAGCUGAUGACUGAGGAGCUGCGGAAGGUGCUGGUGGAGCUGAGCACCUCCUCCAGCGCCAUCUCGCCCGAGGCGCUGUUCUCCGUCAUAUGGAAGGUGGUGCCCCGGUUCAGGGGGUACCAGCAGCAGGACGCGCACGAGUUUCUGCGCUACAUGCUGGACCGGCUGCACACGGAGAUGCUCACGCUGCUACCGACGUCCAGCGCUCCGUCGCAGGCGGCGCGAUCCUCAAUCGUCACAUCCGUGUUCGGAGGCACGCUGCAGAACGAGGUCACGUGUCUGAUCUGCCGGACAGAGUCGAAAAAGCACGACCCGUUUCUGGACCUAUCGCUGGACAUUCCAGACCGGUUCGCCAGCCAGCGGAAGAACAAGGAUGGCGAGCACCAGGCCAUGUGCUCUCUGGCAGAUUGUCUCGACCUGUUUCUGGACGUGGAGGAGCUGGCCGACACAGAACUCUACUACUGCAAUAACUGUAAACAGCGGCAAAAGUCCACCAAAAAGUUCUGGAUACGGCGCCUACCAAACGUGCUUUGUGUGCACGUGAAGCGGUUCCGCUGGUGCAACAACUACCGGACCAAGCUGGACGUGCCGCUAGCGUUCCCGGUGCGGGCGCUGGACAUGUCCUCCUACCUGCUGGGAAAGGUUCCCGAGACGCGCCGCUCGGCAGCCGGGGGUCAGCUGUAUGACCUGGCCGCCGUGAUCGUACACCACGGCUCGGGAGCGGGUAGUGGGCACUACACGGCCUUCGCCAGCAACGCAGGAGCCUGGUACCACUUCAACGACAGUACAGUGCGCCGAGCAGAGGAGGAACAGGUAGCCAAGUGCAAGGCCUACAUCCUGUUCUACAUCCGCCGCGAGCUGAAACUGCCGCAGCUGUGACCACUUGGUGGGGUGCUCUAGGGCGAGGGCCGGCCGCGGGCUGAGGGUUGUGACUAGCUCCUAACGGGGACCUACGUACUGGACAGACAGACGCGUGCAGCUGGGUGGGCAGCGGGAGAGAGAGAGAGAGAGAGGGGGGGGUGGGAAAGAGUGAGGAUGACGUGUUGUCGCUCUGUCCGUGUCCUUUUUUAUCGGCGGGCCAUUUCGGUUCUGCUUACUAUAUAGCUGAUAGUGCGCGUCUCAUCUUUUACAUUGGAUUUACCCUGACGAGGCGUUUGGAUUAUGUCAUUCGGACUGGCCUGUGAGAAAGAGUGAAAGGAGUGGAGGGACGCCGACGGACAGAGGGAUAGAUUGGUGAUGCAUUCUGCUCAUUUGCUACUUCUGGUUUACUCAAACUCAGGUAGUGAAUAUAUGGCCAUGAAAGGCA